UCUGUCAGAUUAAAAUAAACACUUGUGUACGGACGGUCAACUAAACACAACAGUUGGAACUUAGACGUAUAAAUAAACGGUACGUGCGGCGGUUCGGUUAAACAAUAUUUCAAAUUCAACGCGCUCAAAUAAGUCACAAAUUUUUUAUUUAAUAAAAUUAUAUGCAAAGUGACUUUUUUAUUUUAAACGAAAACAAACAACAACAAAAAAACGAGUGAAACGUUCUAAUAAAAUACAAAAAAAACAUGAAACUUUUCCUUUUAAGUGCUUUUUUAGCACUUUUCUAUCUGGAGGUUGGGGCACAAGAUGACUAUUGCUUUGGCAAGGAUACAGAACGUACACAGACACGUCAUUUCACCUCGAAGACGGCUUAUCAAAUAAUUAAGGGCACAAAUAUGGACAAACAGUAUUAUGUAAAUGGCUGUGUGGCACAAAAGAUUUGGAUAUUCCAUAGACAUGGUACAAGACUGCCAUCGAAGAGUACCAUUGAAAAGGCUCCACACUUGGAACAGUUACGUGAUUCAAUUGUAAAUAAUUAUAAGGUGUUAAGAACUGCUCCCGCAACAAAUGCCUUGUGCCAGGAGGAUUUGAUAGCUUUGAAAAUGUGGAAAUGGAACUCGAGUAUAAAUAGUGAUAUGGAAAAUUAUUUAACCAGUCAAGGUUAUGAAGAUCUAAGAGGCACCGCCAAAACCUAUCAAAAAUACUAUCCCGAUGUUUUAACCAAACAAUAUAAUAGUUCUUACUAUUUGUUCCGUCACACUGACACUCAACGCACUACGGAAAGUUUUAAAGCCUUUACCGAAGGUCUGUUUGGUGCUGGCAACACGGCUGUAGCCGAAGAUAUACCCGAACAAGAUUUGCUUUUGCGUCCCUAUGAUUACUGUGAGUCAUGGAAGGCUCAGGAUUAUAAAGAUAGCGGUUCGGAAUCGUAUAAAUAUCGCAAUUCGGAUAUAUGGAAUAAAACCAUAGCUGAUAUUUCAAAACGUUUGGGUUUCCAAUAUACUUUGGAAUCCUCGGAUGUGGAAUUAAUGUAUGAUAUCUGUCGUUAUGAGCAGGCUUGGCAAGUGGAUCGUACUAGUGUUUGGUGUGCGGCCUUUUUACCCGAACAAGUUACUGUGUUCGAGUAUGAUGAUGACAUGAAAUACUUCUACAAAUCGGGCUAUGGCUUUGAAGCCAAUACCCGUCUCAACUGUCGUGCCGUACAAGAUAUGAACCAUCAUUUGAGCAGCUCUGACUCACCCAAUGCUGUUGUCUAUUUCGGUCAUUCCACUGGUGUACAAACUCUUAUCUCUGCCCUGGGCAUUAACAAGGAUCAAGUUUCCCUAUUAGCCAACAAUUAUAACGAAACGACCCAACGUAAAUGGAAGACCUCAAAUAUUGAUCCUUUUGCUGCCAAUUUCUUGGCUGUAAAAUAUCAAUGCAAUGCCGAACCCAUCGAGAAGGAGAAAGUGAUUUUCUUCCUUAAUCAAAAUGCUGUAGAUUUGGACUGGUGCCAGGUGGGUCUGUGCAAUUGGUCAGAGGUUAAGAAGCGCUAUAGUACAAUAUUAAAUGCCGAUUGCAGUUCGUAUUACUGUGCUGAUGGUGCUGCCACAAUGAGCAUUUCUUUGGUUUCUCUCUUAAUGGCUGCCAUUGUUUACUUAAUUAAUUCUAUGUAAAUUACUUUUUAAUUUUAUUAUUAAUUUUCUUCUUUUACUAAAUUGUUUCAAUAUAACUGCUUUAAUUUAUGUAGUCUGUAAAAGUAAUUAGAAAAAACAAGUAAAAUUAGUUUAAUUUUAUGUUCAUGUAUAUUUUUUAUAUGUAUUUUAAAUGUGAAAGAAAUUUAAAACCUAGAAAAAUACACAACUGAGUUAGGUAUUUGGGAGGAGAGUUUCCCACUUAUGUGUAUUUAUCUUUGAUUCUAAAUAUAUCUAAAAACAGUUGACAAUUUUAAAAGUUAAAUAAUGUACAAAAAUGUAAUAGUAAAGAAUUUUGUUGAUUUCUAUUAACAAUGAAUAAUUAAUUUCCAUUAAGUUUAUAACUGAUUUUAGAGCAGCAUCAUUUUUUUUUUUAAUUUGUUAAGAAAUUUUAAUUGUGUAAUUGUUUAAAUUUAAUACUAUCAAUUUUAUUUAAUAACAGUAUAAUUUAAUUAUAAAAAAGCUUUAUAAUUUUAAUAAAAUAAUUUGAAAUGUUAGAAA